AUGUUUGUUUGUUUAAAACAAUUUGAUUCUGCUCAUCAUCCAAAUAAUAAUAAUAAUUUGCCUGCUUCAAUAAUUGGUUUGAAUCGUCAUCCAUCCACAGCCAACAAACAUUCAUUGGGAAAUAAUUUUAUUGGUAAAAAUAUUCCACCACCAUCAUUACCAUCAGAGAUUUUAACCACACCAACAACACCGACAGCAAAUAAUCAAUUUUUUACAGCAGUUAAUGAUGAUGAAAUUGUUGACAAUGAUCUUUACCUCUAUAAUCAACCACAACAGCAACAUGUUCAAUUAAUCAAUCAAAAUGAUCCACAAUUUUAUUAUGAUGGAAAUAAUUAUUACUGUAGUAAUAGACAAUAUCCAUUAACAUUAUUAUCACCAUCAUCUUCAACAUCAUUAUCAUCAACAAUAUCAUCAUCAUCAUCAUCAAUGAAUCAUAAUCAUCAUCCAACUAUUGUACCGAAUGUGCAUGAUCCACGUGCCUAUAAUCAUAAUAAUAAUAAUUUACGUUUUAGUUCGGUUAGUUUUGAUAGUGGUCAUGGUAGUAGUAGUAAUGCUGAAAUAACAACAUUUAUAAAUAAGAGUGUACAACAACCUCAAUCAUCAUCAUCAACAUUGAAUCAGAAUCGUGUUUCAAUACAAAGUUACGAAUCAACUGGAUCGAAUACAUCAAGUAUUGAUCCAUUACAACACAAACAACAACAGCAAAAAUCAUCAUCCAUAUCCUCUUCAUCAUCAUCUUCGUCAUCAAAAUCUUCAUCAUCAUUUUGUUCAUCAUCAAGUUUAUCAACAUCAACAACAGCAACCAAUAGUUCAUCAUCACCAUCACAAUCACAAAUUGAUUCAUUUACAGCAGCAAAUAAUGUAUUUUUAAAUAUGAAACCACCAUCAUCCUCGCAGCAACAACAACAAUCAUCAUCAUCAUCAUUUGGAAAUGUACAAAAUAUGAAAAAUGAAAAAGAACGUUUAUUGGCCAAAGCUGGCCCAUUAACUAUUGCCGAAAUGUUGUUGCAUGGUGUAGCCGAUUCAGAAAUGAUACAUGUUUGGUUACAAAAAAUUCAAUUAUCACAAUAUGAACAAAAUUUUUUAGAUGCUUGUUAUGAUAUGUCAACAAUAUCCCGAAUGACACCACAAGAUUUGAUUGCCAUCGGUAUUACUGAUCCAAAAGCACGUAGCCUAUUUACAAAUGAAAUACAAAAACUUAAAGUACCCGAAAAUCUACCAGAUUAUCGACCUAGUUCAUUAUAUGAAUGGCUUAAAUUGUUAAAUAUGGAUUGUUAUCAUCAAGGUUUAUGUCAACAAGGCUAUACAACUAUUGAUCAUGUUUUACAAUUAACAUGGGAAGAUUUAGAGGAUGUUGGCAUCAAUAAAUUAGGACAUCAAAAAAAGAUAUUAUUGGCAAUCAAAAAAACCAAAUCAAUCAAAUCUUCAUCAAUUGAUAUGAAUGAUUCAAUUGGUAAUAGUCAUCGGCCAACUUCAAAUGGAAAUGAUUUUAAUCAAAUGCUUCCACCGCCGAUGCCAAUACCACCACCACCACAAUCGCCUUCACAUGGUAUACUUCCGUUAUCGAUACCAUCAUCACCAUCAUCGAUACAAUCGAUUUAUGAUCAAACAUUACAUCAUCAUACAAAAUUACCAUAUAAUAAACCAGUGACAAUCGAUACUUUUGCUUUAGCCAAUGGUCAAACAACAACAACAACAGUGCCAAAUAAUAAUAAUGCCGAAUCACAGCAACAACAACAACCAUAUCAGGAUGUGAUGAUUAAAAUGUAUGCCAAUAAUAAUCAUACACCACGAUCGAUGAUGACAUCACCAAUCAAUAAUAAUAAUGAUAAUUCAAUGAUGAUGACAAAUAGGCCAAUAAUGAUGAUGGAAAAUUGUCAUAUUAUUGAUAAACGAACUAAUCCAAUGGCUCCUAUGAUAAUGUCGGCUAUGGAUUCAAAAUCACAACAACGAAUGCAUACAUUUCAACAACAGCAACAACAACAUCCUUAUCUUCAACAACAAACACAACAACCAAAUUUGAUGCGUAAUAAUUCAAUGAUACAAAAUAAUCAUCAUCAAAAUGAUAAUAAUUUAUUGAUAAAUCAAUCUAAUCGACGAAGAUCAUUAGAAAGUUUAAAUAUUAUAUCAUCGAAUGAAUAUAAUAAUAAUAAUGAUAAUGGUGGAUCUCCGGUUAUUUAUGCAAAUAUGUCAAAUAUUAUAUUGAAUAGUAGUGUACCACAGCAACAACAACAAAGAUUACUAUCAUCACCAUAUCAGUAUUCUAAUAAUAACUGUGAUCCAGCAACAACAAUGAUGAUGAUGAUGAAUAGGCAGACUAUAUUUUUUCCGGAAUCACCUCGUCCUUCAACAUCAAUUUCAACAUUUUCAAAUCUAGAUCAUUUGGAUCCGAAUAUGAUUGAACAACAGCAACCAAUAUCAACACAAGGAACAAAUUCAUUGAAUCGACCAUUAAAAAUAUUAUCAAUGUUGACAAAUCAAACAGGACAGACAAAAUCAUUACAAGAUUCGAAUAUGAUUGAAAUGUCAGCAAUGAAUAAUCAUCGACAACAAUCACCACGAAUAAAUAUAUCAAAUUCGGAUAUUUAUUCAACAUUUAAUCAACAACAACAAGUUAGGAAAAAGCCUCCUCCACCACCACCACCACCUCGACGAUCAUUUAAUUCAAUCAUCGAACAGCAGCCACUACAAUCAAAUUCAAUGCCAACAACACCAAUACAUCAACGAUCACAAUCUAAUCAUCAGAAUAAUUAUAAUGAUAAUGGUGGUGAUGAUGAUGUAUUAUUUGUAAAACAAUUAAAUCUUGCUACACCAAAUACGGCUACAUUAAGAAAUGAAAAUUUCUUUGCAAAUUGUGUUAAAACAAUGACAAAUAAUUUUGCUGAUAGCCAUUUUCGUCGUGAUGAUGAUAAUGGUGAUAAUGAUGAUCAUCAAUCAACAACAACAACAAAUAAAUCCGGAUUACGAAUACAGAAUAAUUCCUUUUUUAUAAAUAAAAAUCGUACACUGCCAUUGCCUAAUCAUCAUCAUCAUGGUCAACAACAACAACAACAAAAUAAUAAUAAUAAUAUGAUUACGAAUAGUAGUAGUUCAUCAGCUGAAUCAAUGUAUUUUGCAAAUGAUAAUAUUGGUACUAUUAAACAUAAUAUGCCAGCACCAUCAUUUGGUCAUUCAUCAUCAACAUCAUCAUCGUCGUCAUCAUCACCUUCGUCAUCAUUAUCACCAUCGACAACGACAACAACAUCAUCAUCUUGUUCGGAUAAAGUUUUAUCAUCGUCAUCAUCAACAUCGAUGAAUAUUAACAAUAACAAACAAGUCACCGGAAUUGAAUCAGAAUCAUUAAAUAAACGAGAUUCUAGCCAAAAAAUUGAUGAUUCAUUGGAACAUAUUGAAAUGAUGUUGGCCACAUUAAAAAUGCAGCUUGAUUCAAUUGAUUAACCCCUUGACAAAUCACCCUGGAUUCUUUUUUUUAAAAAUAAAUAUAGCAAACGAAGAAUUUAUUGUUGAUUUUUUUUAUAUAAAUUUUUUUUAAUUCAAAAUUUUUGAUAUUGUAAAAUUGUAACCACACCAUUUACUAACACACCUUGGACCAAAUUAUAAAAAUGAUCUACCUGUUC